AAACUGCAAUUGAAGGGUAGCAGUAUCAAGGCUGCGACUGGCGUAAAGCGGUGCUACAUUUGGAGGACAGGGUUUGGUCACAGAUGAUGAAAAUACAGUGUAUCACAUGACGCUUUUUCGAGGAACGAAAAAUUCAGGAUGAAAACAAAUCUGGCAUGGAUGACUCUGGUGGGAAUGAGACAACAUCGGCAAAAGAUCUGACAGGUUCAUGUGAGAAGUGUCAGAGUGUUGAAAAGAGGUAUGGGGAAAUAUCCUAUGCUCUGAAUUUGUUUGUCAUUCACACGGAACGCCCUCAUAUUUGUGCUGGGAAGAGAUCUGGACAUUUGAGAGAAAAGAAAAAGUUUAUUGACAGAAUAGGUAAAGUGGUGUCGGCUUUAAGGAACAGUGGAGGUGGGCAUCUGUUGGUCCAUAUUAACGGCCAGGAAUCGGGAGAUAGAUGUCUUGAACAGUUUGAUGAGGCAAUUACAAAGAGUUUGUCGGAUCUCAUUGAAGAUGGUCAGUUGUAUGUAAACAUAUAUAAGCGACAAUGGUUGUCAGAGUUGCCUUUGUCUGAUUUUCAAAAUGACACUGACUUUAUUUGGCUUAAUGUGGAAAGUGCUCGUGGAGUAGCGACUUUGGAUUUCAAUACGAAAAUAAGAGACGAUAUUGCCAAUGAAAAUCCCUCAUACGUCGCAUUGGCAUGUUUACUAUCCACAACCAAGGCAAAGAGAUCACAAAGUGCAGAAGGCCAGAGUACACAAACUGAUACUGUAGGCAGCAGUAGUACUGAACAUAUCGCAACUUUGUUCAAAAACCCACAGCAAUAUCACGAAAAUAGGAACAUAGAAAACAAGGCAUUAAAAUCUCAGAUUUUGGAAAAGAUCGGGAAAAGCGACUCUAGUUUCACACAUUACAUCUGGACGGAUCUGAAACUAAAGUAUAAUGUGACAUCCAUGUCAAAGGUGGAGAACGGGGGUUCAUUUUAUGUUGGAAUUGCCGAGGAGCAAAAGAAAGACACAGCAGAGUAUGUAACCAAAGUGCCGAUCAUUGAAGGAUUUCAAUUGACAGUUGACCCGCAAGCCGUAACUAAACUUAUACUUCAAAAACUCAAAGAUACCGUUACUGUCUUAAAAGAUGGUACUUUCCUUGAUGCUCCAGAUGACCUUAUCGAGAUAACCUUCCACAAGAUACCCAGUGGUUACGUGUUAGAAGUUGCCGUGCGUUAUUGUGAAGGACUUGUGUUUUAUGACAAAGAGGGACCGAGGGCAUACGAAGUGAAAGGCAAUGAAAUUCGUCGUAUGGAUAAAGAAGUGUGGUUGCGACGUUUCAGUUUAUCUAUGAAUAACAAAACACUGUGUUUUAAGUGUAAGCAAAGAGAGAACUGAUUUCUUUCAAAAUGUCAGACAGUGACUCAAGUGUGUCCAGCUCGUACAGCUCUGAUGGGCCGUACCUCAUGUCGUAUGGGAAGACAUAUGACGCUGAUGAACCUGACGAGAAUGCAGUCCUUUCAGAGCAUGCAUUCCCAUCAAGCGUAUUAUCACUGUCUGAACAACAUGAUAUUCUACGUACAUUGCACGAAGAAUCAGACAAGCCGUCCUUUUGGAUCUUUCCUCAAAACGUAAGAAAGCACCUGUCAGACAAGUUUCCUCUGAUAAAAAGAAGGCUGGAGGAACUGCUUCAACAAGACUGUGCCAUCAUCAUAGCGGGUCGUAGUUUACUGAACCUGACAGAAGCAUCCUGGCAGGGCCGAGUGCCAAUGAGUGUCAUUUGUGAUGUGUGUGUCUUCUCCCCUGCACACCCUCUCAUGAUCCUCACCUUUACAACUCCAACAAACAGACCCGAGACAGCUGUCAGACACAACUCAUCCUUGGCCAGGUCAAUCAUAAGAGCUAUUGUAGGCGAAACGCAGAUGAAUUUUAAUGUCUUUCGUGGCGUUUUGGAUGAGAAUGUGUGUCAGGCACGUGAGACAUUCCUCGAAACAAUAAAUCAUUUUGAGAAAAUCUCUCACGUUUUGGGCGCUCUAUCUUCCCAAACUCAUGACAUGUACACAGUACUGAAAGCCUUUCUGAAAGUUCUACAUGAUAACCAGCUACAACGACAAAGUGACAUAGAGAACAAAGAACAAGACAACGAGACAGAAAGGACUACAGCGCAGGAAGCGUCUUCUCCAAUGAUGGCUCCUGAAGACGAUACAGCUACGGGAGAAAACAGUCAUGUAUCAACUCUUCCUGAACGACCAGAUGACCAGUCGCCAUGUCUAGAGGCAUCUGCUACUAGUGCGAACGACAAUGGACAUGUACCUAUUCAAAGACGAGAGUAUGACGAUCUUCUAAAGAGAAUCGAGCAGCUGGAGCAAAGACAAGAAGACAUCCUGCAAGAAAAGGAAAUGCUGCAUCAAGAUUACUUGACGGAUGUACGCCUGUCUCUCUUGAUGAGAGUCAGAUCCUCCUCAUUCUCAAAGUCUGAUUCUGGAUUCUCAACAUCUACUUUAACGAGCGACAAGGGCAGAAUAUCAGAUGCCGGAAAAGGGGAUAAACAUGAUCGUUGUGAAGCUCAAGGUGAACACCUACCUCAGCUGACAAGAAAAGAAAUAGAUGGAGGCGACCUGGAGUUGGUCAAGUUCAACCGAGAGGCUUCUCUACAUGAGGCGUGUCAGGAGGGCAACCUGGAUGCCGUGACGCACAUCGUGUCCGGGGGACUGGCUGAUAUCAACUGUAGAGGCAGGCUGGGGAGAACUCCAGUCAUAGUGGCAGCAACGGCAGGGCACCUGUCAGUAGUUAACUUCUUGAUCAGGCAAGGCUGUGGUAUCUUAGAGGUUGAUGACAAUAAUGACACUGUCCUCCAUGUUGCCUGUAUGAGUGGAAAUGUGGAUGUGGUUAAAUGUAUUCUGUCAAGUUAUACUAUCAACAUGGAGAAGAGAGGGCGAUAUGGAUGGACAGCGAUAGUCACAUCUGCGUAUUAUGGCUCGAAAAAUGUUUUUGACUUCUUUAUUAGAAAAGGGUGUGAUCUGUCAGUGGUCGAUGAUGAUGGUGACAAUAUCCUUCACGUGACAUGUCUUGGUGGCAAUGUCGACAUAUGCAAGUACCUCCUCUCAAACAAUGUAGUUGGAAUAGAGAGUAGAGGACAAUACAACAGAACACCCGUGAUGAUAGCAGCUAUCGAGGGUCACAGAGAACUGUUUGACUUCCUUGUGAGUAAAGGGUGUGAUCUGUCAGUAGUGGAUGGGAAUGGUGACAACAUCCUUCACUUGACAUGUCUUGGCGGCAAUGUCGACAUCUGCAAGUACCUCCUCUCAAAAGACAUAGUUGGAAUAGAGAGUAGAGGACAAUACAACACAACACCCGUGAUGACAGCAGCUAGCAAGGGUCACAGAGAACUGUUUGACUUCCUUGUGAGUAAAGAGUGUGAUCUGUCAGUAGUGGAUGGGGAUGGUGACAACAUCCUUCAUGUGACAUGUCUUGGUGGCAAUGUCGACAUCUGCAAGUACCUACUCUCAAACAAUGUAGUUGGAAUAGAGAGUAGAGGACAAUACAAUAGAACACCCGUGAUGACAGCAGCUAGCGAGGGUCACGGAGAACUGUUUGACUUCCUUGUGAGAAAAGAGUGUGAUCUGUCAGUAGUGGAUGGGAAUGGAGACAAUAUCCUUCACGUGGCAUGUAUUGGUGGCAAUGUCGACAUCUGCAAGUACCUCCUUUCAAAAGACAUAGUUGGCAUAGAAAGUAGAGGACAAUACAACAUGACACCCGUUAUGAUGGCAGCUAGCGAGGGUCACAGAGAACUGUUUGACUUCCUUGUGAGUAAAGGGUGUGAUCUGUCAGUAGUGGAUGGGAAUGGAGACAACAUCCUUCACGUGACCUGUCUUGGUGGCAAUGUCGACAUCUGCAAGUACCUCCUCUCAAAAGACAUAGUUGGAAUAGAGAGUAGAGGACAAUACAACAGAACACCCGUGAUGACAGCAGCUAACAUGUGUCACAGAGAACUGUUUGACUUCCUUGUGAGUAAAGGGUGUGAUCUGUCAGUAGUGGAUGGGAAUGGAAACAAUAUCCUUUACGUGACAUGUCUUGGUGGCAAUGUCGACAUCUGCAAGUACCUCCUCUCAAAAUACAUAGUUGGAAUAGAGAGUAGAGGACAAUACAACAGAACACCCGUGAUGACAGCAGCUAGCAAGGGUCACAGAGAACUGUUUGACUUCCUUGUGAGUAAAGGGUGUGAUCUGUCAGUAGUGGAUGGGAAAAGAGACAAUAUCCUUCACGUGACAUGUCUUGGUGGCAAUGUCGACAUCUGCGAGUACCUCCUCUCAAAAGACAUAGUUGGAAUAGAGAGUAGAGGACAAUACAACAGAACACCCGUGAUGACAGCAGCUAACAUGUGUCACAGAGAACUGUUUGACUUCCUUGUGAGUAAAGGGUGUGAUCUGUCAGUAGUGGAUGGGAAUGGAAACAAUAUCCUUUACGUGACAUGUCUUGGUGGCAAUGUCGACAUCUGCAAGUACCUCCUCUCAAAAUACAUAGUUGGAAUAGAGAGUAGAGGACAAUACAACAGAACACCCGUGAUGACAGCAGCUAGCAAGGGUCACAGAGAACUGUUUGACUUCCUUGUGAGUAAAGGGUGUGAUCUGUCAGUAGUGGAUGGGAAUGGAGAUAAUAUCCUUCACGUGGCAUGUAUUGGUGGCAAUGUCGACAUCUACAAGUACCUCCUCUCAAAAGACAUAGUCUGAAUAGAGAGUAGAGGACAAUACAACACAACAUCCGUGAUGACAGCAGCUAGCAAGGGUCACAGAGAACUAUUCGACUUCCUUUUGAGUAAAGGGUCUGAUCUGUCAAUAGUGGAUGGGAAUGGAGACAACGUCCUUCACGUGACAUGUAUUGGUGGCAAUGUCGACAUAUGCAAGUACCUCCUCUCAAAAGACAUAGUUGGCAUAGAAAGUAGAGGACACUACAACAUGACACCCGUGAUGACAGCAGCUAGCAAGGGUCACAGAGAACAGUUUGACUUCCUUGUGAGUGAAGAAUGUGAUCUGUCAGUAGUGGAUGGGAAUGGAGACAACAUCCUUCACGUGACAUGUAUUGGUGGCAAUGUCGACAUCUGCAAGUACCUCCUCUCAAAAGACAUAGUUGGAAUAGAGAGUAGAGGACAAUACAACAGAACACCCGUGAUGACAGCAGCUAGCAAGGGUCACAGAGAACUGUUUGACUUCCUUGUGAGUAAAGGGUGUGAUCUGUCAGUAGUGGAUGGGAAUGGAGACAACAUCCUUCACGUGACAUGUAUUGGUGGCAAUGUCGACAUCUGCAAGUACCUCGUC